GUUAAAACUUGAAGGAGCAUUUUUGUAUAUGGCUGAAACCAAGAGUGGUUUCAGUAGCAUCUACAAAGAACAGGGAAAAAUUAUCAGCUCAGGAUGUCGUCUGAGGAGGAAGACCAGCCAGAGACCCCCAUUGGCUCCCCUUGGUCCUGGAUUCCAUUGAUGAAAGAUCCUGGUUGGAUUCGAAGUGUCUGGACUCGCAAUCUAAAUGUUCAAACCAUGAAUUACGUUGGACAGUUAGCAGGGCAAGUGUUUGUAACUGUGAAGGAGCUUUAUAAAGGACUAAACCCAGCCACAUUGUCGGGAUGUAUAGAUGUAAUUGUUGUAUGUCAGCCAGAUGGAAAUCUUCAGUGUUCUCCUUUCCAUGUACGCUUUGGCAAAAUGGGAGUUCUACGUUCUAGGGAGAAAGUGGUUGACAUAGAAAUUAAUGGAGAAGCUGUAGACUUGCACAUGAAACUAGGAGACAAUGGAGAGGCUUUUUUUGUGCAGGAGAUGGAUAACAACCAGGAGGUAAUUCCUCAUCAUCUCUCCACAUCUCCCAUUAUGUCUGAGGGAACUGCUUUAAUGGAUGCUCAGCUGAAGAGGAACUCCAUAGACAGGAUAAGAAACCUGGACGCCAGUGCAUCCUCACAAGUACCACCCCAAGCCCAUGGAUCCCAGCUUUCUACUGAAACAUCUCCAGUCUGUAGCUCUGUGAAAAAACGUAGGAAGAAGAGGAGAAAGUCUACCCAUAAAAUAGACAGCUUAAAAAGAGAAGACAAUGGAGACACAUCGGAAGACGAAGACAUGUUUCCCAUAGAGAUUAGCUCAGAGGAGGAAAAAGAACCAUUGGACAAUUCACGAAUCCCUGUUCCAGAUGUGUGUGUUGAUGAUAUAUCUGACAUGAAGGCUCCUGCAGCUUCUAUGUUUUCUCAGUCUUCAUCUUACCCUCAUUCAGAUGGAGAAUGGUCACCUCUUCAAAGUAAGCCUAUAGAUUGCACAGGCCAAACCUCUCUUCUCACUGUUCCAGCAGACGGAGGUCUAUCUAACUCUUGUCCUCAACAAUCUUCUCACUUUUCUCCUCCAGACAGCCCAUCAGGUUCACGCCCUCCUACUCCUAAAAGUGACUCAGAAUUAGUCAGUAAACCUACGGACAGAAGUGGGAUGAAGAAUAAUCCCCACAUGCACUGGGCAUGGGGAGAGCUACCCCAGGCUGCAAAGGCCAGUCCUCUGCUCAAAGCAAAGGAACCCAGUGUGGUGGAUGUAAAUCCUUCUGAAAGCACUCACUUUCGGGUCAUCCAGAGUUCUCCUAUAGAGGAGUUUAACACUGAGUCUCCUCUACCUGCUCUUAGACAAGCAGAUGCAGCAACUGCUGCUGAAAGUGAGCCCUUACCAGCUGAGACAAAUAAGCCAGAGACAGAGUCUCCAGGGGCAGCUGUACAACCAUUGCCUACCAGUGAAGAAAUAAAACAAGCUACAGCUUGUUCAACCCAAUCAGCUGGCAAGACAGAUUCUCCGUCCAGAAAAAAAGACAAACGAAGCCGGCAUCUUGGUGCUGAUGGUGUCUAUUUAGAUGACCUCACUGACAUGGAUCCAGAAGUUGCUGCACUUUAUUUCCCCAAGAAUGGAGAUAAUGUCCAAUGCAAGAACGCGAGUGACACAGGGCUGCGAUCUGCCAGCCAAUCUCCACAGUCUGGUGGGAGCUCAGGUGUUGACAGUGGAGCUGAAAGCACCUCAGAUGGAAUUCGAGAUUUACCUUCCAUUGCCAUUUCUCUCUGCGGAGGCCUUACUGACAACAGAGAAAUAACCAAAGAAGAAUUCUUAGAACAUGCAGUAACAUACCAGCAGUUUGUGGACAAUCCUGCUAUCAUUGAUGACCCUAACCUUGUGGUUAAAAUUGGAAAUAAGUACUACAACUGGACAACAGCUGGUCCCCUUCUGCUGGCAAUGCAGGCAUUCCAGAAACCUUUACCAAAGGCCACUGUGGAAUCUAUAAUGAGGGACAAGAUGCCCAAAAAAGGUGGAAGGUGGUGGUUUUCGUGGCGAGGGAGGAACAGUGCUAUUAAAGAGGAAACAAAGCCAGAAAGAGGUAUAAGUGAGAGUGGACUUCCAGGAGAAGACUCUUCACAGUUGAGCAUGGCAAACAGAAUAAAAGAUGAAUCUUCUUCAAGUGAUGAAGACCCUAGAGCUGCCAAACAAAAUCUUGGAUCAUUACAAGCCAGCUCAAGUCAUCUCUCAUUGUCUGGAAUCAGUUACAAAAAAACGCUUCGACUCACUUCUGACCAGCUUAAAAGUUUAAAGCUUAAGAAUGGCCCCAAUGAUGUGACCUUUAGUGUUACAACACAGUAUCAAGGCACUUGCCGCUGCGAAGGCACCAUUUACCUGUGGAAUUGGGAUGAUAAAAUUGUUAUUUCUGACAUUGAUGGAACAAUCACACGGUCAGAUACUUUAGGUCAUAUUUUGCCAACUCUUGGCAAAGACUGGACACACCAAGGGAUUGCGAAGUUGUACCAUAAAGUGAGCCAAAAUGGAUAUAAAUUUUUGUAUUGCUCAGCGCGUGCUAUUGGAAUGGCAGGCAUGACCCGAGGAUAUUUGCACUGGGUCAAUGAACGAGGAACUGUCCUGCCUCAGGGGCCAGUGUUGCUGAGCCCAAGCAGCUUAUUCUCAGCUCUUCACAGGGAGGUUAUAGAAAAGAAGCCAGAAAAAUUUAAAGUUCAGUGUUUGACAGACAUCAAAAAUUUGUUUUAUCCUAACACAGAACCCUUUUAUGCUGCUUUUGGAAACAGACCUGCUGAUGUUUAUUCAUACAAACAGGUGGGGGUUUCUUUAAACAGGAUAUUUACAGUUAACCCCAAAGGAGAACUUAUACAAGAGCAUGCAAAGACAAACAUCUCAUCCUAUGUGAGACUAUGUGAAGUGGUAGAUCACAUUUUUCCUUUGCUAAAACGAAGCCAUUCUUCAGACUUCCCUUGUUCUGAUACCUACAGCCAGUUCACCUACUGGAGAGAACCUCCACUGCCCUUUGAAACUCAGGAUGAGCAUCCACCUUCAACAACCACUUAAGUGCAUCUCCAAACUGCUGGCCUCAGCUCAAAGAAUGAGUUAGCUUGUAUUGAAAGGCCAUCACUUGGCUUUUGCUGUUGACAGUUCAUCUGGAAUCUGUGAUGUUGUGAGCACUGUAUUUAUUUUGCUGUGAGCAAAUUUACAAAUGCAUUUUUUCACAUUUCCAGAUGACAAGAAGGAGUCUUACUAGGAACAGGAGUUGUGUUUCUGGCUCUUCAUCCAGCUUCUCAAAUUGUGCCAUACAGUUUCAGUAUUUAAGAUCAAAUAAAAAUGAAAUGGUGUUGGAGUUGCAAUUAAACAUACCAUAAGUUUGUAAAGUGGUUCUGUAUCUUCUCUGCAACCCUGACAUGAUCUUCCAUCUCAUCAGAACCCCUGCAAGUAAGGGAGCUGAAGGUGCUCACCAUUCCUGACAUCAUCUGGUGACACGGACUGGGAUUACAAUCCAUAUGUCAAAAUUCCUUUCUCUGAAGGAGCAAGUGAUUCUUCCUCUUUCCCCUUACUUGACCAACAGCUGUUUGUCUGAGUUAAUUACUAGAUCUUCAGCUGUUGUAAAUCAGUGUAGCUGUCAAAGCCAAUUGAGCUGUGUUGAUUGAUUUAUUCCAGCCUGUUGUUUUGACAUGGUAACACUUUUCUGAGGAAAUAAAUCAUGUGUAGUCUAAAGAGAAAGCAGAUGAAAUAAGAUAGCUGGAUUCUGGCAGUCUUUCUUAAUUUGAGAAGUACCAUGCUUCAAGAAUAGCUAUUUGGAUUAAGGUAGGUGUGCAAGUGGAAGAUACAGGCUGCUGUGCAUAGGGCCUGUUUUACUGAAGUCUGUGAUUUUCAGUAGAGUCAUCUUGCAGAGUGUGCUAAGGUUCAAGAUCAUUACUGAGCCAAGAGCACUGAUGAUUUUGUCAAAAUGGAAUAGUUUUAUUUGAAAUAUUAUUUUGGCUAAAAUGUGAAAUUUGAUGCUGGUGAAUGAGGUGAAUGAUGCAUCUCAGGUUUUUAUUGUAUGGAAUUUUUUGUUUUACAUCAUAAAUAAUGGAUACUUUUAGUGCAAUUUACUCUCUUCUAAGAUAAUGAAAUAUUUUUUUAUUUGUUUUUUUUUUUCCCCCUUGCUUGACCAGACACAAGCUGUAGAUACUGUUUUUGCUACCUGCUUUUGACAGCCUUAAGACUUUAACUGUGAUGCUAAAAGCAAUACUGCAGAUCAGUUGAUAAUGUUUUCCAAAUGGUCUGCCUUUACACAAUGCGGUACUUAAAACGUAGACAUCAAGUGACCAUAUGCCAAAUGAUUCUCAAAUGUGCUUGUAGCUGUGAAAAGAACUUUUUUCUUUUUUCCUUUUGAAAUACAUUUAAAAGUCUGAAACACUGAAAGUGGCAUCAUGGGAUUCUUUAUGUUAUAUUUCAGUGUGGCUAAACAGUGGUGCACAGGCUGUGGUUUGUGCCAGCUUGUCAUCUGUGAGGAUAUGGUACAUGUUUUGCAGCUGCUUUGUAGUGUUUUCAGUUAAGAGUUUAAUAAUAGGAAGGCAGAAUGGUCCAGGAGAAAUUUUAAGAUGUGAUUGUGGUUGGUUAGCACCCAGAAGAUUGGCAACAGCUGCUCUGUAUCACAUUUGUUCUGUUUCAACAAAUUCUGGGUUUGCAUGUCAAGAGUGAUAGCAACAUAGGUAACAAUGGAAAUUCUGUAAUAGGGGUUUUCUAACUUUCAGUGCUGCACUUUAUCUGUGAUGUCAGGGGCCAAUUUGUGAUUUCUCUGUGCCUUCAAAAGUAAUGGAUAUAAGUGCAAUCCUGUAUACAGCUGCAGUGUGCAGUGGUGAGCUCUCUCCAAGUCUUCCUUUCCUCAUGAAUGUUGCUGCUUCAGGAAGGAUGCAUGCCCACUUUGGAGAUACCAGGAUUAGAUAAACACGAAGAGGAAGAAAUGCAUGCUAACAACCCAUACUUGAUUAUACGCUCUUGAAAGUUUAAGGAAAAUGCAAUUAUCUUAAAGAUGGAAGGAAUGUGGUAUGGAUUUUCUGAUAGACAAUCAGUAGGGAUUGCAGGUUGCCAGACUGGUUGCAUGUCUAAAUAUAGCCACACUAAUACUUGUAAUUAGUGAUUGAAUAAGUGGAUGAAUAUAUUAACUGCAUCAUAUUUCUAUUCAGUUUUAGUGAAGGCCUAUUUCAAUCCAUUCAUUAUGCAAAAUAAAACCAAGCCAACCCUUCUCUUUGGAGAGAGGCUGUCAGUUCUAUGGUAGAUAACAUCUGUUUUCCUAAGGUACCUAUAUAGUAGCUUCCACCAGAAAAGACGGUGCCUGAAAGUUCCUCACAAUUAAAGCCUGUGAUGUAUUUAUUUAUAACUUACUAAAAACUAAUCCAGGGUUGUCUGUUGCCGUUAGUAUUUCAAACCACAUGAUAGUGCAAAUGGGUGGUCGUUUUUAAUUCAGUCAGACUUGCAGGCACGGUGCAGUGCUGGUACAAUAACCCUGAGAUGCUGUGGAAUCUCUGUCAUGGUGUUUUUCAAGACUUGGUUAAACAGAGUUACGGCUGACUUGAUCUAGUGUUGGCAAUCAUCUGCUUCAAGCAUGAAGUUGGACUGGAUGACCUCCAGGGGUCCCUUCUGACCAACAUUUCUGUGACUCUGUGAGGUUAAAUGCUUUACUUCUGACAUACUGUAUACCCCUUUGUAUCUGAAAGUUGAAAUAUAGCUGAACAGUGAAAUGAGUGCGUGUUUCUAUAAUAUUUAUAAAAUCUGCUCACGGAAAAGACAUGAAAAUAAAAGUUUUGGCUUGCUAUGAACAUCACCAUGCUUUUCUCGGAGAGUACAAGACCUUUUGAUGUGGUAGUAGAACAAUUUUAUGCAUGGUAUUUAAACUGCUUUGUUAAUUCAUGUAGAAGAAAAAGGGAUGGUUUAAUAAAUUCUUACUCUUUCUGUGAAAGAAAAAAAAAUUCAGCCUUGCUUGCAGUGUAAUGCUGGUUUCUGUUACAGAAUAUUUGGCUAACAUAAAUACGCAGACACAUUAAAUCACAGUAUAUUCUAUUUAUACAAUACACACAAACUAGAAUGUGCAGCAGUUAGGAGUGCGUAAUGUUUAUUUUCUUGAAGCUGAUGACCAUACUGCUCCAGCUAUGUCAUGUGAGGGGAAGAAUACCAUACUUGUUGUAUUAGCUAGGUUGAAGAUAAAAUCUUGCUGCUGUAAUUUAGGGAGGGAGGAGAAAGAGGUUAUUGGGUAUUUUUUAUUUGUAGACAUGAUUAUUCAAAGCCUAUUUAUAUAUAGUAUCUACUCUAUAUAUGUAUAAACUACUGCAACGGUGAAAAGAAUUUCAACACCUCAUUUUGAUCUGCUGAAUGCAACAAGGGUAGAAAUAUGUAUUCUAAUAAAGGCAAAUAUAAUUUUU